AUGGACGCCAUGCUCACGACCGCUCCGGUCGACCCGGAGAAGGUCACCGAAGAUGUCGAGAACUUGAGCUUGUCUCCGUUCGGACCCGCCAGAUCCUCCAUCACGGAGCACCCGCUCAGUGAUGAGGAAGUGCGCAAGAUGACCGACUACUUCCACGCGUCAUUGUACAUGUGCCUAGCAAUGAUCUACCUGAAGAAGAAUCCUUUGCUCCGCGAUCCGCUGACGGUGGACCAUCUCAAGCGACGAUUGCUGGGACACUGGGGCUCAGACCCUGGACAAAGCUUCACGUAUAUUCACAUGAAUCGAUUGAUCAAGAAGUAUGACCUGGACGCCAUCUUCAUUUCCGGCCCUGGCCAUGGUGCGCCGGCUGUGCUUUCAAACUCGUUCCUCGAGGGCGUCUACUCCGAAGUUUACCCCGACAUGAGCGAAGAUGAAGAGGGCUUGAGACGUUUCUUCAAGUCGUUCUCUUUCCCAGGUGGUAUUGGAUCGCAUGCCACACCAGAGACUCCCGGCAGUCUGCACGAGGGCGGAGAGCUUGGCUAUUCCAUCUCUCACGCUUUCGGCGCCGUCUUUGACCAUCCGGAUCUGAUCGCGCUUACCAUGGUCGGUGACGGCGAGGCUGAGACUGGACCUUUAGCCACGAGCUGGCAUUCGACCAAGUUCCUCAACCCCAUUACGGACGGAGCUGUAUUGCCUGUGCUGCACUUGAACGGUUACAAGGCAUGUUGGAUCAACAACCCGACUGUGCUAUCCCGCAUCAGCCAUAAGGAGCUCGAAGCUCUCUUCAUCGGGUACGGAUGGACGCCCUACUUCGUUGAAGGAAGCGAUGUUCCUACGAUGCACCAAGCCAUGGCCGCGACGAUGGAACGCUGCAUCACAAAGAUCCGCGAAUAUCAGAAAGAGGCUCGUGAUUCCGGCAAGUCUUUUAGACCUCGCUGGCCCAUGAUCGUUCUUCGCACACCAAAGGGGUGGACUGGCCCGAAAAAGGUCGAUGGACACCACCUGGAAGGUUAUUGGCGAUCACAUCAAGUGCCUCUCACCAAUGUCCUCAAAGACAAAGCACAGCUCAAGUUGCUUGAGGACUGGAUGCGCGAAUACCAUCCUGAGAAGCACUUCGAUGAGUCCGGCAAGCUUAUCCCCGAGCUCAGAGAGUUAGCCCCAACGGGCAACAGGAGAAUGAGCGCCAACCCAGUUGCCAAUGGCGGCCUUGUCAGACGGAAGCUUCACGUACCCGACUUCCGCAAUUAUGGUGUCGAGGUUACAAGGGGCGGUGUUUCCAAGCUUGGCAGCAUGGCGAACUUCGCUGUCUUCCUUCGAGACGUGAUCAAGGAGAACCCGAAGGAUUUCCGUGUCUUUGGCCCUGACGAGACCGAAUCGAACAAACUCUCCAAGAUUUAUGAAGCCGGACAAAAGGUCUGGCUUGGCGAAUACUUCGAAGAAGACAAGGAUGGUGGCAAUUUGACUCACGCAGGUCGCGUCAUGGAAAUGCUAUCAGAGCACACGUGUGAGGGUUGGCUUGAAGGCUACGUUCUGUCAGGACGGCAUGGCUUGCUCAACAGCUACGAGCCUUUCAUCCACAUCAUCGAUUCCAUGGUCAACCAGCACUGCAAGUGGCUUGAGAAGUGCCUCGAAGUUGAAUGGAGGCAGAAGAUUGCAUCUUUGAACAUCCUCCUCACGGCGACCGUCUGGCGACAAGAUCACAACGGUUUCACGCACCAAGAUCCCGGCUUUCUCGAUGUCGUAGCCAACAAGAGCCCCGAAAUUGUGCGCAUCUACCUCCCACCCGAUGCCAACUGCCUGCUCUCAACGAUGGACCACUGCCUCCGUAGCUCAAACUACGUCAACGUCAUCGUUGCUGAUAAACAGGAUCAUCUGCAGUUCCUCACGAUGGAUCAAGCUAUCGCACAUUGCACCAAGGGCCUCGGAAUCUGGGAGUGGGCUAGCAAUGACAAGGGGGAAGAGCCUGAUGUCGUCAUGGCAUCGUGCGGUGAUACAUCUACGCACGAAUCCCUCGCUGCGACUGCUUUGCUACGCACACACCUGCCCCAACUCAAGAUCCGCUUCGUCAACGUCGUAGAUUUGUUCAAGCUCAUAGACGAGAGCGAGCAUCCCCAUGGUCUCAGCGCGCACGAGUUCAAGGCCAUCUUCACUGACGACAAGCCCUGCAUCUUCAACUUCCACUCGUAUCCGUGGUUGAUCCACCGCCUGACGUACGGACGCAAGGGUCAGCACAACCUCCACGUUCGCGGAUACAAUGAGAAGGGCAACAUUGACACGCCUUUGGAGUUGGCCAUUCGCAACGGCACUGAUCGCUACAGUCUAGCGAUUGAUGCCAUUGACCGGGUUUCCGGACUGGGCAACAAGGGUGCUGCAGCCCGGGACACGUUGUUGAAUGAGCAGAUUGCAGCGAAGAACUAUGCGUUCCAUGAAGGUAUCGAUCCGAAGAUGACGGAGGACUGGGUCUGGCCGUUUUGA